UGAAUGUAUUGGUUCAGUGACAAUAGAACUAAGAUUCUUGGUUCAUUGACAAUGUUAUUGGCUAUUUCCGCCGAAGUUGACGGCGUACAAAUACUCACUUCAGUUCAAAAACCGAACGACCUAUCCAAUCAUAUACAUUUCUACCAUGUCAAUCACCGCGCCACUGUCCAUCUGCUUCAACUUCGUCGAUCGCUCGCUCUCUCGGGGAGCACUAAGUUUUCGGAUCGAUUACUAUCUCUUCUUGAUUUCAGAAGAAAAGAUCAAGAAAAGGAUCAGAAAGCUAUGUAAUGUCUACGAGAGGACUCUGUAUUGUCCUACUACAUAACCCAGGUACUCUUUACUUGUUCGUCUGCUAGCAGACCACUGUGUUGACACUCGCCGACUUUGCUUGGCUGUAUCUAUGUUUCGCUGGUGUCGGAGUGUACCUAGUAAAGCAGAUGUCCAACAAGAAGAUUCCUGCACCAUAUCCCCCUGGUCCCCAGGGAGGACUCUCGUCGCG